CGACACUUUGCCAGAUUCCCCGUAUUCAUGCAGGCGGCCCUCGACACAAAACACGAGGAAAUCAGCAGCUGACAAAUCAAAACAAAUCUACUUAUAGGCCGGUUUUAAAAUUUAAUUUUACUCCCUUGGCUUCCUCAAUUUAAAUUGAGUCAAUUCCAAUUCGAAUAGAUAAUUUGUACGAUAUUUUCAUCAUUCAACACAAUACUUGCGUAAAUAAGAGUAAUUUAAACGAAUUUCAAGGCACAGUUCCAUUUCACACUGAAGAAAAAUAUAAAAUUGUAAAAACAGUUUGGCUUAUUUUUACAAAGAAAUUGUCGAAAGACGGCGUCUUUAGCAACUCUGGGACGGGACACAUCUUGCAAGAUAACCUUUCUUCCUCAACGGUCCUUCCCGAGAGGUCAAAUUUUACCCCCCCCCCCUCCGCCUGAUUACAACUUUCCCAUCAAAAUUGAGCCGAAUAACUCAUCCCCAGAGGAAAUGUCGUCCUGUUCAAUCUGUUCCGAAUCGACAAAUCUGAGCCCUCUCGCCCUCCAAGAAAUGGAAAUUCUGACCAAAUUCGUCCUAAGCCAGGAGCAAAUUGCUCUCAUUUUACAAACUGAGAAUCCUCCUCCAAUACUUUGUUGCCAAAUUUGCUCCUCCACGAUCCUCUCCUUGGCCGAAACGCAAAUCGAAAAUAUUGCCAGUUCUCUACGUGCCGUCAUUUCCAGUAGGAACGGACUAUUCAAUAAAGUGCGAAAUGAAUCCAAAAUCAGUGAACUUCCUCACCUAGUCGCGGCUGACAACGAUUCUCCUGCCGACAAGAUAUCCAAGAAUGACGAUGACCAACACUUAUCCGAAUGCCUGGAAGAAGAAGGAGAAGAAAUCAUCGUAAAAGUCGAACCAACCUACUACUACGACGACGACGACGAGGUCAUGUCUGAUCCUCUCAACAUGCCGCAAAAUGACGACGACAACAACUCUCACCACGUUGCAAAUUCCGGUGUCAAAAUUCCACCAAACCUUGUGUGCACAAUAUGUCAACCCAACGUCACUUUUACCCGGUAUGACGUCUUCAUGAGCCGCCUGAGGAGCAAUAAAAUUCAUCCCCACCUUUCCGAGGCUGAUAUUGCGGCCUUGAAAAAAUUUGUGUGCAAAGAAUGUGGCGUCAUGUUCACGCUCAAUAAAGGUCUCUUGCGCCACAUGAGGAUUCAUCCAGACAUUUCCGCUGCUGAAAUUUCCGCAAUGAGAAUGAGGAACAGACCAAUAAAUUCCAAGUUCGGCGUAGGAGCUCCGUCAAAAUAUGUGUGCAAAAUAUGCCAACCUAGCGUCACAUUUCACAGGUCGGACACCUACAAGCGCCACAUGAGGAACAAGAAUAUUCAUCCCAACCUUUCCGAGGAAGAUAUUUCCGGUGGAUUAUACAAUUCAUAAGUCAACACCGCCGCGCUCCCACUAAACAAAGCAGGAAGUCGUUAAACAACCCAGGGAUGAAAUUCGGGCCGAAUUUGAAACUAUGAGCGUUUCCGAGAAUUAAAAAAAAAUUUACCAGACAAAAUAACUUUAUCUAGUAAAAACAAUGAUUUUUUUCUGGUUUUGAUUAUAAAAUGAGACUUAUGUACAUAGAUAAUUACAAUGAGAUUCGUGUAAAAUAAACCCUUACAAACCAAAUGUA